CAGUGCGCCACCCUCGCAGCCUUGGAACGCGCAGAGAUCAUUUGUGCUUAAGAUAUGAUCCUCACGCAGUGCGCCGCCUGCGCUGCCCCGCUCGGCUUAUCAUUGGGCAAGAAAUGCGGCCGCUGCAGCACACGCUACUGUGGGCCCGAAUGUCAGAAAAAAUCCUGGGAAGAGGGCGGCCAUGACAAGCUCUGCAAGAAGAUAAAAAAGGCUGGCGGCGCCGAACAAUACAACGCAAAUAAGAAGCACGCGGAGGCCGUAGCCGUCGCGGUCGAGAAAUGCGCCGACGACACGAAAGGUCAGACGUGCUUCAUCUGCACGCAGGCCCUCCACUGGAAAACGAAGGAGGGCCUCGUGCGGGGGUGCUCGUGCCGCGGGACGGCGGGUUUCGCGCACGUGUCGUGCUUGGCGGAGCAGGCGAAGAUUUUGGUCGCGGAGGCCGAGGAGAACAAUUUGGACUGGAAAGCGAAGAGUUUGCGGUGGAAGCGGUGGCACACGUGUGGUCUGUGCGAGCAAGACUACCACGGCGUCGUGCGAGGCGCGCUCGGGUGGGCGUGCUGGAAGACGUACGUGGGGCGGCCGGAGACUGACGUGGAUCGGGGCAUGGCGAUGGGGGUGCUCGCAAACGGCUUAGCCUCCGCAGACCACCAUGAGGACGCGGUGUCCGUGUAUGAGGCUGAGUUGUCCAUGCGGCAGCGCCUUGGGGCAUGCGGCAGCGCCUUUUGGGCAUCAGAAUACACCAUGCUCACUUUGUAUAGCAAUCUUGCGAGAGCUUAUCAAAGAGUCGAACGGUUCGACGAGUCCCUGCGCAUGCGACGAGAUGUAUAUUCCGGGUUCUCGAAGCUCUAUGGCGAACAACACGGUGAUACCCUUACGGUAGCCAGUAACUUGGCGAAUUUGCUCGUUGACCUAGGGCGCAUCGAAGAAGCCAAGGCACUGCUGCGCAAAACGACGCCCGUGGCGCGACGCGUUCUCGGCGAUGGUCACGAUAUCACGCUCAAGCUGAGGCGGGCCUACGCGAUGGCGCUCUACAGGGCCGACGGCGCCACACUCGACGACAUCCGCGAGGCCGUGACGACGCUCGAGGACGCGGAACGGAUCGCGCGGCGCGUGCUUGGAGGUGCGCACCCGGUCGUAGCGGGAGGAUUUGAGGCGUCUCUGCAAGAGGCGCGAGCCGUGCUCCGCGCCCGCUCCGCCUAA